CUUUCCAUCAAUGUCAUCUUGUCUUUGCUUUCGAUCAUUCUUCCACAAGCAGAAGGACAGUGAGGAGCCCGAGAAGAAACAGCAAAAAGAAGAGCAGAAGAACUCCACCACCACCAUGACGACACAAACAGCUACCCAGAAGAACCCUUCUUUUGUCCUUCAAGCCGCCAACAAAGUUGUCUACGAGGACCGCCCUAUUCCCUCCCUUCCAUCACCCUACGAUGUGAUUGUUCGGCCACGAUGGACUGGUAUUUGCGGUUCCGACGUGCACUAUUGGGUCGAGGGACGCAUUGGGCACUUUGUUGUUGAUUCUCCCAUGGUGCUCGGCCACGAAUCAGCAGGUAUCGUCCACUCCGUGGGUGAAAAAGUAUCAUCCCUCAAAGUAGGCGAUCGUGUUGCUAUGGAACCCGGAGUGCCGUGUCGCCGCUGCGUGAGGUGUAAGGAAGGAAAGUACAAUCUUUGCCCGGAUAUGCAAUUCGCUGCAACACCGCCCUUUGACGGCACACUGGCACGGUACUACGCACUGCCCGAAGACUACUGCUACAAGCUUCCUGAGAGCAUGAGCCUCGAAGAAGGUGCCCUGAUCGAACCUACCGCCGUGGCUGUGCACAUCACACGGCAAGCUGCUGUGAAACAGGGCGACAGCGUCGUAGUGUUUGGCGCAGGCCCCGUCGGCCUACUUUGCUGCGCCGUUGCGAAGGCCUAUGGGGCGGCCAAAAUCGUCACCGUCGACAUCAAUGACGAAAGACUAAACUUCGCCCUGCAGUACGCCGCGACCACGAGUUUCAAGAGCGCGCGCGUCAGUGCUGAGGAGAACGCAAAGAAUCUGAUCAAGGAGUGCGAACUUGGUCCUGGCGCAGAUGUCAUCAUCGACGCAUCUGGUGCUGAGCCAUGCAUACAGACUGCCAUUCACGCGCUGAGGAUGGGUGGAACCUAUGUCCAGGGCGGCAUGGGUAAGCCUGACAUCACCUUCCCCAUCAUGGCCAUGUGCACCAAGGAACUCAACGUUCGCGGCUCCUUCCGAUACGGCUCCGGCGACUACCAGACCGCGGUCGACCUCGUUGCGUCCAAGCGCAUCUCCGUCAAGGAGCUCAUCACUGGCAAAGUCAAGUUCGAGGAUGCGGAGAGCGCUUUCAGUGAUGUAAAGGGCGGCAAGGGGAUCAAGAUCUUGAUUGAGGGACCAGAGGAACCCCACCAACAACAACAACAACAAGACCAAACCUUCCUAAAAUCCAGAAUCUAA